GGGCGAUUUCCGCCAAUGAGGGGCCUCCUCUCCGCCUCCGCCCCGCCCCCUCGAGCGCUCCGGUCCCGCCGCGCGCCCCCGGGACCGAGCGGGGCUGCGGCGGCGGCGGGACCGGCCCGGCGGCAGGUCGCCCCCGCGCCGCUGAGCCAUGCGGGAUCGCCCGGCCCCCUCCCCGCCAGAGCCAUGAGCGGCUGCCGGUACAAUGGGGGGGUGGCGCGGCCCCGGGGCCCCCUGAGCGCCUCCGCCCACACCCUGCACCCCCUGGACGGGGAGACCCAACCGCUGCGGCCUCGAGGCCUUGAGGUGGUGGUCUCGGAGCCGGAGCAGCCUGGGGGUCCGGAUCCUGGCUCAGCAACCACCUCGGGGCAGGAUGAGGCUGAAGAGCAGGGCCGGGGUCCCCGGAAGAACCAGAACAUCGGGUACAAGCUGGGGCACCGACGGGCGCUCUUCGAGAAGCGGAAGCGGCUCAGUGAUUACGCCCUCAUCUUCGGGAUGUUCGGCAUCGUGGUCAUGGUCACGGAGACAGAGCUGUCCUGGGGGGUCUACACCAAGGAGUCGUCAUAUUCGUUUGCACUGAAAUGCCUUAUCAGCCUCUCGACCCUCAUCCUCCUGGGGCUCAUCGUCAUGUACCACGCCAGGGAGAUCCAGCUCUUCAUGGUGGACAAUGGUGCCGAUGACUGGCGCAUCGCCAUGACCUACGAGCGCAUCUUCUUCAUCUCCCUGGAGCUGCUGGUCUGUGCCAUCCACCCCAUCCCUGGCCAGUACCUCUUCACCUGGACGGCCCGCUUGGCCUUCACCUACGCUGCCUCGGUGGCCGACGCCGACGUGGACAUCAUCCUCUCCAUCCCCAUGUUCCUGAGGCUGUACCUGAUCGGGCGUGUCAUGCUGCUGCACAGCAAACUCUUCACCGACGCCUCGUCCCGCAGCAUCGGGGCCCUCAACAAGAUCAACUUCAACACCCGCUUUGUCAUGAAGACCCUCAUGACCAUCUGUCCUGGCACUGUCCUCCUGGUCUUCAGCAUCUCCUCCUGGAUCAUCGCUGCCUGGACGGUCCGAGUGUGUGAGAGGUACCACGACAAGCAGGAGGUGACCAGCAACUUCUUGGGGGCCAUGUGGCUGAUCUCCAUCACCUUCCUCUCCAUCGGCUACGGGGACAUGGUGCCUCACACCUACUGCGGGAAGGGCGUGUGUCUGCUCACCGGCAUCAUGGGUGCUGGCUGCACCGCGCUGGUGGUCGCCGUCGUUGCCAGAAAGCUUGAGCUGACCAAAGCAGAGAAACACGUGCACAACUUCAUGAUGGACACGCAGCUGACCAAGCGGGUGAAAAAUGCUGCUGCCAACGUACUCAGGGAAACGUGGCUCAUCUAUAAACACACCAAGCUGGUGAAGAAGAUCGACCAUGCCAAAGUUCGGAAACACCAGCGUAAGUUCCUCCAAGCCAUCCAUCAGUUGAGGAGUGUGAAGAUGGAGCAGCGGAAGCUGAACGACCAGGCCAACACGCUGGUGGACCUGGCAAAGACCCAGAACAUCAUGUAUGACAUGGUCUCGGAGCUGCAGGAACGUAACGAGGACCUGGAGAAGCGUCUGGGGGCCCUGGAGAACAAGCUGGAGGCGCUGGGGCUGAGCCUGCGGGCGCUGCCCGGGCUGGUCAGCCAGGCCCUGGGCCAGCAGCAGCGCGAGCUCCUGGGGAGCUGGACCCCCCGCCUCUGCACCCCAACCCGAGCCCCCCGGGCCCCUUCCACCGCCCCCCCCACCUCCUCGGACAGCGGGUGACUGGGGGGGGUCUGGGAGCCCCCUCCCCUCUUAUGUCUGGCCAUCGUGUGGCUGAUCUCAGUAGCUUUGUUCUGUAAAGCCCUGUAUAAAUUUCCUGCGUUCACUGUGCUGGUGGGAGGCUGGAGCCCCCCUGUCCCUGCCCCCCCCAGGGCUCUCCUGUGCCCACCCCCCUCCUCGGCUGGGCAGGGGGUGAGCCCUGGUCUCCAGGAGGGCCUUGAGGGGGGAGGAUGUGGCAGCUGCUGCUCCAGAGGCAUGGAAAAGCCCUGGGGGGGGGUGGAGAAGCCCUUGGGGGGAGAUGAGAAGCCCUGGGGGGGUAAAAAAGGGGAGAGAGAAGAGAAGCCAGAAGCCCUCAGCGUUUUGGGGGGGGUCUGGGGGUUGCCUCCCAAAAUGUGGGGGGGUUGGAAGUUGGGGACAGGGUGUGGAGGGGGACACCUGGGGUCUUGCCUGGAAGGUGCGGAGUGGGGACAGCCCCCCGUGGUGAGAGCAGGGCUGAGCCCCAGGGGCUGAGGAUUUUUUUUGGGGGGUGGGGGGUUUGGCUCUGUUCCUGGCUCUGCCACGAAGUGACCUUGGCGAAGUCACGUUACCUCUCUGUGCCUCAGUUUCCCCCAUCUGUAAAAUGGGGGGUGGGUGGGAGGGAGGGGGGACACACAAUGGUACCGACCAUUGUAAAGUGCUGUGAGAUUCCUGGAUGCAAUACUCAGCCCAGCCCCCCCCCCAGCAGGGUGGGCAAAAACCCUCCACUGGGACCCCCAUGGCCCUGGACCCCCCCAGGGGCUGGUCCUGCUCCCCAGCUGGGACCCUCAGCAUGGAGGGGGGGUCUGGGGGGGCUGAGGCGCACAUUAAAGGAGGCUGAACUGGA